ACUUUGAAUGAGGAAAAUUCUGGACGAAGUAACAAAGUAAAGUUAAUCAACUUCUAUUUCUAGUCGAUUCAAACUACAAUAGAACUCUAAAUAGUUCACUCCUCCGUUUGAUUUAAAUAAAAUUAAAAAACAAAUUAAUCCCGAGCGAAAUAAAAGAAGGAACAAAAAAACUAUGGCUGCAACAGCACAGAAUAUAAAUGAACGUUUUCAACGUCUCAUUGACGGCAUCGGCGAGCGAUAUGAGCCAUACGUUCGCCAGCACUUGUCGAAGGUUUAUAUGGUGCUGGCUAGCACAGCCGCCGCAUCAGCGGUAGGCGCUAUGCUUCAGAUGCGGGAUUUCGUCGACCUGGGCAUAGUAGCCGCAAUAGCAUCGCUAGUACUCGUUUUGGGCUUACAUUUCUACAAAGAUGAUGGCAAAAACUAUUAUACACGUCUGAGCAUGCUCUAUGCCUUUGGCUUUUGCUCGGGCCAGACACUGGGACCCUUACUCGGUUACAUAUGCAGCAUCAAUUCCGCCAUCAUAUUGACCGCACUUGUCGGCACCUUUGUCACCUUUCUUUCCCUAUCCCUUGCCGCUCUUGUUGCUGAGCAGGGGAAAUUUUUGUAUUUGGGAGGUAUGCUAGUCAGCGUUAUCAACACCAUGGCGCUCCUGAGCCUCUUCAAUAUGAUAUUUAAAUCGUACUUUGUACAGGUGACCCAGCUAUACGUUGGCGUUUUUGUUAUGGCCGCCUUCAUUGUUUACGAUACGCAGAACAUUGUAGAGAAGUGUCGUUUGGGCAAUCGGGAUGUCGUACAGCAUGCUUUGGACUUGUUCUUUGACGUUUUGAGCAUGUUCCGCCGUUUGCUGAUCAUUUUGACGCAGAAGGAGGAGCGAAAACAGGCCGAGCGUCGCAAGAAGAACUAAGGAUAGUCCCUAGCUACACGAAGCUUCUCGAAAAGAAUGGCAGGGCCAUGGGCACGUGUAGGCGCUGUUUUCAUACAUCAUUAAAUUAACAUGUUUUCAAUAUUCAAAUUUCAAAAGCCGUGUAAGUUUGGCUUUCUACUAUGUUCAAUUAUAACGACAAAAAACGUUUGGAACACAUUACACCACAAACCCCCUACUGGAAAAGAGCGCAGGAAUAUAUUACAUAAAAAAUUACAAUAAAAAAAGUCCAACAGAUAGGACUAAACCAAACACAA